AUGAAGGAAAUGUUCUGCUUCUGCAUGACUUUUUCUUCCUUGUUGGAACAGAUGGCGAGGGCUUACAAAUACAUGACUGGUAUUUUUUCAGUGACUCAUACCUCAGAGCAACAGGCUUCAGAUCAUGAUAAGCAGCCAACCAAGAUGGAUGUAAGCUUACUUGAGGAGCAGUAUGACCAUAUAAAACAGAAGCAAAAACUGCAGUCACACAUUAUUGUAUUUAAAACAGGUGAGCAUGAAUCUGUUCUCCCAGAAUCAAUGGUCAAUGCUGUUUUAAUUAAUAAAAAAGUUAGAAGAUCAAAGUCAUUUACAGAAUGUGUUCCUGUCAGAAAGGUCAGACUGGAGAUGACCAGCAGUGGCAACAUACAAGACAACUCACCAUGGCGUACCCACCUGGGAAUUCACCGCCUGGUGCAAGCCCCUCAGCAAGGAGUUACCUGGGAUCUUUCCCACUGCAAGAACGGACCAUGCAGUUUUGACAAUCAGAGACUGAUUUCAAAGGGAAACGGCACACCGCAACCCAAAGAAUUAGAAGGAGCAAGUGAACUAUCCGCGCUCAGUCAGCUGGGAAGUUCAAGUGUCUUGAACAGUUUCAGCAAAGAGAAUGGCAGCAACAUUUCAAGCACCUGCCAAAAGCCUCCUCUGAAAUCAGCCACUUCAGCAGUUUGGACACAUCAACAUAUUUCUUCUACAAAAUGCAUGCCAGCCUGCAAUAAACUGAACUUUUACCCUUUCCCUAAUAAAAAAGGGCCCAGAAUUUCUGAAGCAGCAAGGAGGCUUGGAUUAUAUGUCUCACAAUGA